CUAAUCACAUCUAAAGACGGUUCACCACAGACAAUCAGACUUGACUUCUCAAGUAAUUUUGUUUAUAAUCUGCCGGUUCAUCUAUCAUCAAUCUAAUGCAAUGCAUGUGAGUCUGUUAAUCAGCGAGAGAAACCAACACUUUCUAAUGAACAACGUCGUCACUUCGCUGAUAACACCAGAGCAAUGCAGUUGAGAGAUCUGUUGACACUCUCCGUCGGCUUCAUCAACCCCAACGAAGUCCUUUGGGAACUCCAGUGCAGCACGGGAUGGCUGAACAUCUGCGAGCUGAAGUACGCCACCCUGACCGAUGAUGUCACCGGGCAAGGGUUGCUGCUUCCGGCGACCAACCUGCGCAUGACCGACGGCUGGAUACCGGAGUUCGACACCAAGAUGGCCCAGCUGCUUCGGCCGGAAACCCACACGCUGGUGAUCCUUAACUGCUACGUGCGACUGUUUGUGAUACGGGAAAUGCUCCGGGUGUUGAUUUUAGACGGGAAUAGAGUGGAAAAAAUUGACAUUUUUGAAUCGGGUAGCCUGUUUGAGAUUCAGUUCUUGAGUGCUGAGAAUAACCAACUGACGGAUCUUUCGUUUGUGACCAGGCUGGGCAAGUUGGAAUCGCUGGGUGUGAACGGGAACAAGUUGGAAGUUUUGAAAAUGCACUGGUUCAAAAAUUUACGCAAUUUAAAUAUUCUCAACUUGAGUUCCAACAAGAUUAAAACGAUAGAGUCAGCGCAAAUGCAAAGCCUUCCAAUUGAACACUUGCUUCUCGAGCAUAACCUGCUAACUGAGUUCAACACUAAACAUUGGCAAGCUCAUAAUCUAUCCUACUUAAGCUUGGAGCACAACCAGCUUCAAUCUAUAAACACCUUGCAGUUGAGCAGAUCAUUUCCAGCGUUGAGUAGCAUCGACUACGACGACAAUCCCUGGAAUUGUGGUCGAUUGGAGUCGCUUCAAUUUAACCUAAAAACAAAUAUGGUGAAGAACUAUAGUCAAAGCUUAGUACAGUGCAAGGACAACGAGAGCGUUCACACAAUUUCACUUAAAAUGCCGGAACUGAUCGAUAAGUCCGAAGAAAAGCUGAACAAUCUAGAAAGAACAGUUGGGCAAUUGAUUGAAGUUCAUGCUGAGUCUAGGAAAAUAUCUGCAAUUCAAAGAAAAUUUAGUAAAAUGCAAAUCUUACUUUUACAAAUAGGAGAAGGAGUUUCUAAACUUCAGAAAAAAUAUGACUUGUUGAGAGCAAGUGUUGACUGGUUUGAUUUCUAUGAUAAACUUAAUUAUUGACAAAAAAUCUACCUACUAUGAAUAAUACAA